AUGAUAUGCACUGACGCUCCCACCGUCACCACUAAGACCGGCCCGGUGCGCGGUACGGUGACGUUUGCGACAGACCUGCCCGACACACCGGUCUACAGUUUCCUGGGCGUCCCAUAUGCUACUCCUCCUGAGGGAGAACUACGUUUCCAGGCCCCACGCCCGGCCCAGUCGUGGACGGAUGAGAGAGACGCUACCCAGUACGGACCGCACUGUGCACAGGACAUCAACCUGCUGUUCUCUAAGUUCUACCCGAUUAGACCGCCUCACAACACGACGGGCGAAGACUGUCUGUACCUAAACGUGUUCACUACAGCUUUAGGAACAAAGGAAACUGGCCUUCCGGUGCUGGUCUGGUUCCACGGCGGCGGUCUGUCGUUCGGUACGGGGGCCCUGUACCCCGGCACCGCCCUGUCCGCCCAUCAGGACCUGGUGGUGGUCACCGUCAACUACCGGCUCGGUGCGUUCGGCUUCCUCAGCACUGGGGACGACCAUGCCCCCGGGAACUACGGUCUUCUAGAUCAGGUGGAGGCCCUGAAGUAGGUUCGCGACAACAUCCAGUCGUUCGGGGGAGACCCGGAGUCUGUGACGAUUGCCGGGCAGUUCGGGGGAGGGGUGAGCGUGUCCUACCACCUCCUGUCCCCGGUCAGCAGUGGACUAUUCCGCCGGGCCAUCUCUCACAGCGGGGUGGCAACAGCCUUCCCGCACGCCGAGUACGUCAAGCCGCACAACGAGUUCGUAUCCCAGGCAAAGGCUGUCGGGUGCAAGAGACACGCGAAGAAAACCGAACAAAUACUAGAAUGUCUACGUUCAAAGGAGUCGGACGACUUCGUGACAAGUCGGAAAGGCGAGAUUUUGGCCCGUUGUCUGCCGAGCACUGACGGGACGUUCCUAACGGACUCGCCGAGAAAUCUGCUGAAGAAAGGGGGGUUUACAAAGGUAGACUACCUGCUAGGCGUGAACAGUGCGGAGUUCGGACACGUGCUGCCCAGCAUGAUGUCUACCGAAUUCGGGAAGGGAAAGUCUCUCAAGGAGGCCACCACCAUCCUGGUCGGUUAUGCAAACAUCCUCUACGGCGGUGCAAAGCGCCUGGCGGAAAUGCACGAGGUGUUGAAGAAGGAGUACCUGUCGGGGUUGUCACGUGACCCGCGGGAGGUGGAGAAGGUUUUCACCGACCUUCAGUCGGACACACUGUUCAUGGCGCCCACAGCAGACAUGGCCGACAGAAUGGCAGCCGCUGGUGCAAAUGUCUACCUGUACGAGUUCCGACACCGCCUGUCCUUCCACCGAUGGGGCGCGAAGUCUUCCGGCGCGGAGCAUGGGGACGAGCUGCCCCUCCUUUUCGGUGUUCCGUUCAUGACGUUCUCUGAUCCAAACAACUCCGGGAACGAGCUGAGCUUCACGGAGGAGGAGGCGGGGCUGAGUCUGGACAUGAUGGCGUACUGGGGAAACUUCGUGCGCACGGGGGACCCCUCGAACCCGGCCGGUGCCCCAGAACCACGUGACCUGCCCAACUGGCCAGCCUACACGCCUGACGUCACCGCCUACCUCAAACUGGACGUGACGUCAUCCGCCGACGUCGGUCUGCGCAGGCGCCAGGUGACGUUAUGGAACAAAAUUCUUCCCGAGAUGGCCGCCGAUGACGCAACAGAAGACCAAGAUCCCAAGGAUGAACUCUGACCCUUAAUGCCGCACAAUCUUGCCUUUCAUAUGUACCGAUCAUAUA